UAUCUUUUAAGUUUGAAGCAACAUUCAUAGCCUGCACACAAAGAUUAACAAGUAACUUGUCAAAUAAUCAGAGGGAAGAAGAGCAGGCAGCUGAUAUUUUUGGCACAACAUACACAAUGGCAAAUAACUGGCUUAUUAUUUUUGUCUGUGCUUUUGCAUUGCUUCCACUGUUUACUAACGUAGCUGCAGAUUCAUACGAUUACAAACCCUCACCAUACUACUCGCCCUCAUAUGUGUACAAAUCCCCAUCAUACUAUAAAUCUCCACCACCCUACUCUCCCUCGUACUCCUACAAAUCCCCUCCAUACGAAUAUAAGUCUCCACCACCCUAUGAAUAUGGCACCUACUCACCCUCGUACUCCUACGAGUCCCCUUCAUAUUACAAGUCUCCACCAGCUUACAAGUCCCCUUCAUACUACAAGUCUCCACCAGCUUACAAGGCUCCUUCAUACUCCUACGAGUCCCCUUCAUACUACAAGUCUCCACCAGUUUACAAGUCCCCUUCAUACUCAUAUGAAUCCCCUUCAUACGACUACAAGUCUCCACCAGUUUACAAGUCCCCUUCAUACUCCUAUGAAUCUCCUUCAUACGACUACAAGUCUCCACCAGCCUACAAGUCCCCUUCAUACUCCUAUGAGUCCCCUUCAUACUACAAGUCUCCACCAGCCUACAAAUCCCCUUCGUACUCCUAUGAGUCCCCUUCGUACUACAAGUCUCCACCCUCCUACAAGUCCCCUUCAUAUGACUACAAAUCCCCCGAACCAUACAAGGCUCCUUCAUAUGAAAAGUCCCCUGAACCCUACAAGUCCCCUUCAUAUGACUACAAAUCCCCCGAACCAUACAAGGCUCCUUCAUAUGACAAGUCCCCUUCAUACUACUACUCUCCUAAACCAUACUACUACUCACCCUCGUACUCUUACAAGUCUCCACCUCCUUACUAAACUAAAGUCUCCACUAUCUUACCUAGUGCCCUAGCUUCAAAAAUCAUUAUCAUAAGUCACUCUCCCUGAUACUGUUUAUCUUCUACUUACUACAAACAAUAAAGAAAAUUGUCAAAGUUUUGUUGUUUAUUUACAUUUAUACAAUUUGUUUACUCAUCUUUGUUACUUGGAUGUUGAAUAAAAGUGUAAUAAGUGUGCUUGGUUGCUGUGGGCUAUUGACCCUAUUGUUAUAUAAGAAAUAAUGUAUCUGAGUUCUUAAUUGAAUUUAUGGAUUGAUAAUCUUGUGCUUCUA